AUGAAACGAGUAAGUACCUAUGUCUUAUAUACUAAAGCCAUAUACUAAAAUCAUUAUUAUUCUGAUAUUUCUGUUAUUCAUUAUACUAUUCUGUUCAUUGUAUGUUUUAUCGUUUAUGCAUACGUUUAGGUAAAAAAAGGUCUGCAGACAGAAAGUAUACCGUUAUUAUUGAGCCAAGCGGAAAGGCAAUUCGAUGGAGAGGAUUCAGAUUGUUUUUUGUCCAGUGAUGACAUGACACCAUUUAAAAAGCACAACAUCUACUACAAAAGCCGAUGGGCAAGGGUAUCUUCACUCCUGUUUUGUGGGUAUGUAAUGACUAAUAAGUAUUAACAUCAUAUUUGCAUUAGUUGUUUGGUAGAGUUUUGUGGGUUUUAGAGUGUUUUUAUUUGGCUUGGAAAAAUACUAACUAAUUACUGGCUAUAUUAUAUUGGGUUUAUUUUGAAAUAAUAUUCUAAAGUAUUUUGGUUGUGAAGUAUUAAUAACACAAUAAAGAUCAUACAAAUACAAUUUUUGUUUUUAAAACAUUACUAUAAAUAGGUGAGUUAUAUUUUUAAAUCUAAAUUAGAUAAUGAACAUUGUAUAAAGGUUAAUAUUUUUCAAGUUUAAAUGUAUUACCAAUUAUUAUUUGUUAUAAUAUUAAGUCCACACAGAGACAACUUUAUGUUUUGUUUCUAUAUGAAACAAAUUUUAAUUUAUAUUGUCGGCCAUUCGUGUUAAGAAGGUUUCAUUUCUGUUAUGUUUCAGUUUUGCUGAUGUGUGUGGAUUAACUUUAAGUGUUGAAAUUCACAAAAUUAAAACAACAGUAGUAAUAGUAUACAUUAGUAGUGUAGAAUAA